AUGGUCUAUCUUUUAUCUAAAUAUUCAUGUUCGCCACCCCUCACUUCACUCCUUUCUAUUCCCCUUAACAUAAUUGACUGUACAAUGGCGCCCUCCUUUAUGACCAUUGAUACCAACGACACGGACAUGGACUUCUCGCCGUCCAAGCCCGUGGCAAAGCGCACUCUCCUUCUCGCACCCCCCUCCAUAGCCACUCAAGAGGAUAAACUCCGCGGUCUUUUCACCACUUUCGACCGCUCAAUCACAGACCUCCAAAUGCUCGACCGUCUUUCUGCCGGCUUCGUUUCCCUCCCCGCAUCUUCCUACGACCUCGUCCUCGUCCUCACCGACACAGACGGCUCUCGGCGCUCCGAGGCCCUCAAGCUUCUCACACGAGAUGUCUUCACAACUCUUGUCCCCUCAAUGAAGCCAGGCGCCAAGCUUCAAACCCAAGAUUCCGCCAUCACCGCUUCAGACUCUAUGGAAGCCAUCCUGGCCGGACUCGUCCAGUCCGAUACCGGCUUCGAAAAGCCAAACUUCGAACCCACAGCCGCUGUCCCUCUCAAAUUCGGCUUGAAGAAAAAGAACAAGCCCACCGCUCCUCCUGUCACAGCCAUUCCUACUGGAUUCGCCGCACCAACGCCCAAUGGCACAACGAACCACGACCGCGAGGACGAGGACGAGCUCAUUAAUGAAGAUACACUUCUCACCGAGGAAGAUUUAACAAGACCCAUAAUGCCUCCCCCAGAGUGCCAGCCCAAGACCGGACGCCGCAGACGUGCCUGUAAAGACUGUACCUGCGGUCUGGCCGACAAAUUGGAAGCAGAGGACAAGGAGCGCCGCGCAAAUGCCGAUAAAGAAUUGAACGUCAUGAAGCUUGAUACAGGCGAUCUUGCUGAAUUGGACUUCACCGUCGAGGGCAAGACAGGCUCUUGUGGCAGUUGUGCCCUUGGUGAUGCCUUCCGCUGUGACGGAUGCCCUUACAUGGGUCUUCCUGCGUUCAAGCCUGGACAGGAAGUGUCCAUUUUGAACGAUGUUGCACAAUUUUAA